AUGGGAAAAAGAGUCGGGCAAUAUGAGUUGAAGUCAAAACUAGGAAAAGGUACAUUUGGAACUGUAUAUUUAGGCAAGCAUAUUCCAUCAAAGAACAAAAUCGCUAUCAAAAUGAUCAGCAGACAAGGGCUUAGAGCUGAUCAACAAAAUAGGUUGGAACAAGAAAUCGUGUGUCAAAGGUCAGUAGAUAGCGAAUACGUCGUCAAACUCAUAGACGUCCAGAAAACUGACAACAACUUCUACCUAAUCCUUGAAUAUUGCUCUGGAGGUGAUUUAGGACAAUUCAUCACACAAAAUGGACCAGUUGAGGAGUCAAUCGCAAGAAGGUGGAUGCAGCAUAUAAUAGAAGGCUUCAAAGCUCUGCGGGCGAAGAAUAUAAUUCACCGUGAUAUGAAGCUUCAAAAUAUUUUGCUAACUGAAGCAUCUACCUCUGCAACUUUGAAAUUGGCUGACUUCGGAAUGUCACGAUUUCUUGAUGAUGACCUAGCUCAAUCUUGGCUAGGGACUCCACUUUAUAUGGCGCCUGAGAUGUUUCGGUGGAAAGAAGGGUAUGACGCAAAAGCUGAUAUUUGGAGCUUAGGAGUCGUUUUUUAUGAAAUUCUUACUGGGGAAGCCCCAUUUAAUGCAAAGAGAAGGGAAGAAAUCCCGCAUGCCCAAAAAAAGCUGAAAUCUUUGCCUGCUAAUUUAUCGCCACUCUGUCAAGAUCUGCUAACCAGAAUGCUGUCUUAUGAUCCAAAAACCAGAAUUUCUUUUGAAGAGCUGUUUGAGCACCCUUUUAUUCUUCCUCCAAAAGAAGAUGAGUAUUCAAUUAAGGCCUCUAAAGGCUCUUCUGAUUCUAUGAUAUCAUCUGAUACUAAUAAUUUGCAGCUUCCUAAAGAGGAAAACUCAGAAUCUUCAAAAUCAGAUGAUUUUGUAUUGCUUUCAAAUGAAGAGUCCUGCACAGAUUUUGUAUUCCUUGCCAAAAAUAACCAUCCAGCAGUGAAUUUGACAGAAGUGGUUGCAGUGGUCGAGAAACAAAUUGAGACUGCUAUGACGAUAAUAAAGUUAGCUGAAAGGAUAAAGGCGAAUAAUGAAAUUAUAGGGAGUUUUGCAGUUUAUGUGAAGGCUAUGAUGGUACUAGAAAAUUCGUUAGAGUAUUGUCAGCAAAUGAUUGAUAAACAUGCGCUAAAUCAAGAAUUGUAUCCAGCGUUUUAUGAGCUUUUUGAAAGGGUGAAAACAAUGUUUAUGCAGAAUCAAGAUAAGGCUGAAGAUUUAUGCAAAGAAGUUGACAAGCUACUUGCUAUAAGUGAUCCGCAAAAGCUUACCACAAUAGAUUCAAUAGGAACUCAGGGACUUGGAGACAGCUUGAUCUAUAACUAUGCGAUUAGUUUAUGCAAAGAAGGCGCAAAAGAUGAGUAUUUGAAGGACUACCCUAAAAGUAAGGAAAAGUAUCUAGAAGCAACAACUUUGCUUGAUGCCUUGUGCAAAGGCAAAGGAGAAAACCCGUCUGAUGAGUGGAUAAAAGUUGAGAAUUUCAAAAUUGAGACUCAUAGGCGACUAGAAACUGUUAAUGUAAAACUAACAACCGAGUAA